AUGGGCAGCGUUUGCUGCGGCGCACGAGAGCGGCUGCAGGAGGAGCAGCAAGAAUGCCAACGUCGGGAGGAACGGCCAGCGAGGCCAGAAGCAUUGCUAACAAAGGAGGAGGCCAUGGCGCAGCUGCUUGCAGAGCGUCCGCAGCCGAAGACCAUGGAGGAGGCCAUGGCGGAGGCCUUGGAGGUGACGCGAUUGCUGCAGGCCAUGAACGGGAAAAUCCCGGAGGAGGAGCCUGCAGGCCUUUAUGAGGCAGGUGACAUCGUCAUCAUGGGGCAGGGCGAGUAUCGCAUGGAUUAUGCCGUGGUGACAGAGGCGCAGGUGGAGGAGAAGCACCUCACCGUCAUGGUGCUCAAGGAUGACCGGCGCACCGUGGCCGCCCAGUCCUGGCCAUAUAAGUCGGACGUGACUUUGGAGUCCAGGGCUGGGCGGCUUGGCAAAAAGGUUGCUAUCUCGCAGUGGAACUGUGGGAAGUGGCGCAGCUGCACCAGCGCAGUGCUGCAGAUUGGGGGAAGUCGGGUGGGGCAUGCCGGGCGCCGUGGGCAGGUCGCACUGGAUGCGCGCCACAAGGAAUUUCCGCUCUUCGUUCAGAGGGGCAAGGACGUGGAGCUGAUGGUCAACGUCGAGUUCUCCGCAAGUGAGCCAGGGGCCGAGACCCGCUUCGAGAGGCUGCAUGAAGAUGACCCCAUGCGUCGUCUUUGUGCGCUGGUCCUAGCGAUCCUGCAGACUGCAGCGCAGCUGAUGAGACUCUGCCAAAGCGGCAUUGUGCAAUCCGAGAUGGCUGAAUCUCCUGGACUGACCUUCUUGGUGCCUUUUGAUUUCCAAAGUGGACAACAUCAGAUGCCGCACCGCAGACGCAUGCUCAAGCAGACCCGUUGCAGCGCUCGCUCUUGUGUGGUCAUGGGCAGCGUUUGCUGCGGCGCACGACAGCGGCUGCAGGAGGAGCAGCAAGAAUGCCAGCGUUGGGAGGAACGGCCAGCGAGGCCAGAAGCAUUGCUAACAAAGGAGGAGGCCAUGGCGCAGCUGCUUGCAGAGCGUCCGCAGCCGAAGACCAUGGAGGAGGCCAUGGCGGAGGCCUUCGACGCGAUUGCUGCAGGUGACAUCGUCAUCAUGGGGCAGGGCGAGUAUCGCAUGGAUUAUGCCGUGGUCACAGAGGCGCAGGUGGAGGAGAAGCACCUCACCGUCAUGGUGCUCAAGGAUGACCGGCGCACCGUGGCCGCCCAGUCCUGGCCAUAUAAGUCGGACGUGACUUUGGAGUCCAGGGCUGGGCGGCUUGGCAAAAAGGUUGCUAUCUCGCAGUGGAACUGUGGGAAGUGGCGCAGCUGCACCAGCGCAGUGCUGCAGAUUGGGGGAAGUCGGGUGGGGCAUGCCGGCCGCCGUGGGCAGGUCGCACUGGAUGCGCGCCGCAAGGAAUUUCCGCUCUUCGUUCAGAGGGGCAAGGACGUGGAGCUCGUGGUCAACGUCGAGUUCUCCUCAAGUGAGUCUGUGCAUUUCGCGGUCGAAGACCUCGUAGAGCUCCCCGCUCAGAGUCUUGCGGCAGUGCUGUGUGAGGCAGCUGGCAGAGCGCAGCACAUGUUCAAAGAUGGACAACAUCAGAUGCCGCACCGCAGACGCAUGCUCAAGCAGACCCGUUGCAGCGCUCGCUCUUGUGUGGUCAUGGGCAGCGUUUGCUGCGGCGCACGAGAGCGGCUGCAGGAGGAGCAGCAAGAAUGCCAGCGUCGGGAGGAACGGCCAGCGAGGCCAGAAGCAUUGCUAACAAAGGAGGAGGCCAUGGCGCAGCUGCUUGCAGAGCGUCCGCAGCCGAAGACAAUGGAGGAGGCCAUGGCGGAGGCCUUGGAGGUGACGCGAUUGCUGCAGGCCAUGAAUGGGAAAAUCCCGGAGGAGGAGGAGCCUGCAGGCCUUUAUGAGGCAGGUGACAUCGUCAUCAUGGGGCAGGGCGAGUAUCGCAUGGAUUAUGCCGUGGUCACAGAGGUGGAGGAGAAGCACCUCACCGUCAUGGUGCUCAAGGAUGACCGGCGCACCGUGGCCGCCCAGUCCUGGCCAUAUAAGUCGGACGUGACUUUGGAGUCCAGGGCUGGGCGGCUUGGCAAAAAGGUUGCUAUCUCGCAGUGGAACUGUGGGAAGCAUGCCGGGCGCCGUGGGCAGGUCGCACUGGAUGCGCGCCACAAGGAAUUUCCGCUCUUCGUUCAGAGGGGCAAGGACGUGGAGCUCGUGGUCAACGUCGAGUUCUCCGCAAGUGAGUCUGUGCAUUUCGCGGUCGAAGACCUCGUAGAGCUCCCUGCUCAGAGUCUUGCGGCAGUGCUGUGUGAGGCAGCUGGCAGAGCGCAGCACAUGUUCAAAGAUGGCGCUAAGGGUAGUGGUGUCUAA